AUGAACGAGGAAUCAGCUCAAGCAGUGUAUGCUUAUUUAAUUAAAAAUGGACUUAAGAAAACAGCAAAAUCUUUUUUAAAAGAAAAGAAAAUUGAAAUUAAAGGAGAAACAUCUAUUGACAUUGACGAGUUGAUUGAAGAAAAAAUGAACAAACUUCAAAAAGAAAAGAAGCAAGAGGCAAGCAAUGAAGACAACACUGAAAAGAUAAUUAAAAAACCAAAAACAGAAGAAACAAAAGAAAAGAAAUCUAAAAAGAAAGAAACUAAAAUAGCUGAGGAAGAAAAGGAAGAAGUUGAGAAAGAAGAAGUUAGUGUCAAAGAAAAUGAAGAAGAGGAGACAAAAGAAGAUACAAAAGCUAUCAAAAAAUUCAAGGGUGAAAGUGAUGAGAAGAAAGAGAAAAAAGAAGCAAAGAAAGAUGAAGGACAUAAAAAGUUAAGUAAAGAAGAAAAAAAAGCUCUUAAGAAACAAAAAAGGGCUGAAAAAAAAGCUAAAAAACAAGUCGAUGAAGAGAAUGAAGAAAAGACUAGUGAAGAAAAAGAAAAACAUACUGAAUUAAAACAACAAACAAAAGAGUUUCAAAUGAAAGGUUUAGAAAAAAAAGUAAAGAAACAAACUAACAAUGGUUGGAAAGGUGGUAAAUUUGGAGACUAUAGUUGUAAUGGAGAAAAAAUUGAUAGAAAUAACGUUGAAAGAAAAGCUGCUGCUGCAUAUGGAGAUGUAGAGAAGAUUCCUAAUGCUGCACGUACUCUUCAUGAGACCAAAGGAAAAGGAUUUCAAAAGUCCAAAACCAAAUUAAAGAGAACAGACUUUAAAGGUAAGAUUGAUCCUUAUGCCGUUCAAUCCAUCAAAUUUGAUGACUGA